AUGGCUCAACUUGACAUAAACAAAAAAAAAACAAAUGAAUUUACAUAUACGGAAAUAUUGGAAGAAAAUAAUAUGUUAAAACGCAAACUUUAGGAUUUGGUGAAGCAAAUCAAACAAUUUGAAUAGGAAAGUAAAGGGCUGCAAUAUGAGAAUGAAAUUUUACAAAAAUGCUUGGCUUAACAAAAGAAUAAUACUUAAUAAGAAUAAAAAAAUAAAUAAGUGGAGGAUUAAAUUGCUCAAUUAUAGGCAAUUCAUCAAAGAGAAAAAGAAUACUGGAUAAGAGAUCAAUAAGAACAAGUGAAUCGAAUUAAAUAAGUAUAGGAGUAAACCAAGAGAAUAUUAUAAGAUAAGAUUGAUCAUCUUGAGAAGGAGAAUGAAUUUUUAUAGAUGGAGCUUGAGAACAAUAAAACGAUAAUUGAAAAUUAUGAAUUUUAAAUUGAAUAAAUUUAAUAAAAUCAUAAGGCUGAAUCAAGUAAUUUAUAGAGGGAAUUGAAAUAAAAAUAAUACAGUAUAGAUGAAUUAAAAUUUUAAAUUCAGGAAUAAGGAAUGAUAUCUUAAAGAAGUAAUAAUAAUUAGGAGUUGUUAAAUAAAUUAAAAGAAGCAAUAGACGAAUUGAAUAAGUGCAAAAAAAUCAUAUCUAAUCAACAAUAUGAAAUUUAAUUAUAAUGUAGACUCUUUGAUGAAUUAAGACAAGAUUACUAAAAGAAAUUAUGUAAAGAACGAUCUAAAUCCUAAAUGAGUUUCAAAGCAGCUCAAGAGGUCAAAAAUGAAUAUGAAAAGAAAUACUGUAAUUUAAUGGAACAGAUAAUUAAAAACCAAACCUCUAGAAGUUGCAAUGCUUCUUUUAAACUAUUACCAAGUUCGAUGGAUUAGACUAUGAAUAACGAUUUUUCAAGAAUUUCUAAUAAUUAAUCUAAUAAUAUUGGAGGAUUGAGUGCUAUCAACAAAGCCUUAAGCGAUUCUAUUGAUGAUUAUGAAAAGAGUAUAUUGAAUAAUAUAUCUGGAAAUGUAACCAAGAGAAAACCUAGCAAAUCCGAAUGGGAAAAAAAGUAAAAAGGAUAGUAAAAUAUCAUGAUAAGUGUUACUCCAGAAAAUUAGAUGCGCCCUCAAUCUUAAUAGUAGGAAAUAUUUUCACCCAAAAUAUCUCAAAAGAGAGCCUAGUCUAUUCAUUCAAGCAAGGGUAUAAAACAGUAUACAUUCAAUUUAUGCGAAUACAAUGAAUCUCGCAAUUCAAAUGAUUCUGAUCAAUUUUAUAGUUAAUGCACUCAGUAGACAAGAUAGAGCAAGCUAACAUUGAAGCCAUAGAAAUCUAAUAAUGAUGUGAAAAGGAAUUCAAAACAUUAAAAAUCACUUUCUACCUAUAGGAGUGUCAAGGAUAAAGAAAAUCUUUAGUUUACUAUUCCAGAGGAGAAUCAAAAGAUAAACAGUAUAAAUACUAGCAAAUAGUUAUAAAUUUUGGAAGAUAAAAAUGAGAGAUUGGAUACUAAUACAAAAUUUAACUCUUUAUUAAAAGUAAUUUGA